AUGAUGGAUGGUAGGAGGCAUUCUGUUGAUAUUCCUAUUUCCAAAACUCUUGUAGCACUGAGGAGAGUAAGGUCAUUGAGGGAUCCAUCAACUAAUGCUGUCAGCAGACUCUCGCCUUUGAUUGAUGAUGGAGAUUGGGAAAAUGGUUCUAGUAAUGGGGUUUCUCUGAGUUUGAGAUUUCUGAAUGCUUCUCAUGCUGGUGAUUGUGAUGGUGGUAAUGGUUUUUCAAGGUCAAAUAGUUUAGACUUUAAGGGUCAGAGGGAGCAGGAAACUGCUGAGCUAGAAUUGGAAAUGUUGAACUCUAAGAUGAACUAUUGUGGGAUCUCAUGUCAGGAAGGGCGACGAGAUGAGCAACUUGUUUAUUCUAGUCCUAAGCAGCAAGGUAUUUCUAGAGAUAAAUCACCAAAUGAAAGCUGUUGUAGUAUCCAUGAAGGUGGAGGAUUGGAUUUGAUUGCCAUCACGCCUCCUUGUAAUCAUUUGAAGGAUGGGGAGUUAUGCUAUUUAUCAACUGCUUUGAGAGUAGAUCACUCAAAGUCAGAUAGGAAAUUACUACGCAAGAAUCACAUGAUACAAUCUGGAGUGGUAGGUGAUCUUGCAAGCCAUUUAGGAAGUCAACAGUGCUCAGCUCGUUUUGCCUUGGAACAGACCACUCAAGAUGUUGAUGCUUUAGAUAAUCACCAUGGAUGUGGAUUAAGGAGUUGUUGGUCAAAGUCACCGAGGUUUAGAGAAUCAAAUCAUUAUUCUGAAAUAGAAGGCCUUCCCUUGAUAUUGCAGCACGCAAAUGAAACGGAUCUCAAUGGAAAUAGAAACAUUAGAUGCAUCGGUGGUGAACUUAGUCCAACUAUAGGAACUCCCAGAAGUUUAUCUGUGAAAUUCAGGCCAAAAUCUUUUGACGAUUUGGUCGGACAAAAUGUGAUACGUAAGUCUCUUUUGGGCGCUAUCUCUAGAGGAAGGAUAUCAUCAUUUUAUCUCUUCCAUGGUCCACGCGGCACAGGCAAGACCUCAGCCUCUAGGAUAUUUGCUGCUGCACUGAAUUGCCUAUCCUCUUUGGAGCAAAAGCCUUGUGGUCUGUGUAGAGAAUGUGUUUUGUUCUUCUCUGGAAGAAAUAAAAAUGUUAAUGAGGUAGAUUCUUUGAGAAUCAAUCGUGCAGAGAAGGUUAAAUCCCUUGUUAAGCACGCAUGCAUUCCACCAAUUUCCUCAAGUUUUAAGGUGUUCAUUAUUGAUGAGUGCCAGUUAUUGCAUGGGGAAACAUGGGCGUCCAUUUUGAAUAGUCUAGAGAAUGUUUCUCAUCAUGUGGUUUUUGUGAUGAUCACUCCUGAUUUGGAUAACCUUCCUCGGAGUGCGAUUUCACGGGCUCAGAGGUAUCACUUUGCAAAGAUAAAAGAUGCCGACAUUUCAAGAAGAUUGGAAAGAAUUUGUGUUGAAGAAGGUCUUGAAUCGGAACAAGUUGCUUUGGACUUCAUUGCUACUAGAUCCUGUGGUUCUCUCAGGGAUGCAGAAACUAUGCUUGAUCAACUGAGUUUGCUUGGUAAAAAGAUCACAAUUUCCUUAGUUCACGAGCUUACUGGGGUCAUUUCUGAUGAUGAAUUGCUUGAUUUUUUGGACCUAGCAUUAUCAUCUGACACUUCAAGCACAGUUAUAAGAGCCCGGGAACUUGUCAGAACAAGGAUAGAUCCUUUACAACUUAUAUCACAGUUGGCAAAUCUUAUUAUGGACAUUCUUUCAGGGAAAUGUGAACUUGGUGGUUCUGAAGUCAAAACAGGAUUUUAUAAUAGAUAUACCUCGGAAGCAGACCUGCAGAAACUAAGUCAUGCAUUAGGAAUACUGUCUGAAACAGAGAAGCAGUUGAGAAUUUCCAAGAAUCAAGCAACAUGGUUCACUGCAGCUCUUCUACAGUUAAGCUCCGUAGAAUAUUCACCUGUGGAUACAAAUACUACGAAAUUGUGUACACCAGCUGCUGUGUCCAUUAGAGACGGUGAUACCUGCAGCACAUCUCCUAAAGGGGGCAGCUUGGAACAUCUCUCUACAGCAGGUCAAUCUGAUGAUAAGUUAUAUAGAUUAGGAGUACAGGAUGAUCACAAUGGAACAUUGGAUUCUAUAUGGUAUAAAGCUACUGAGAUGUGUCAAUCUAGCAGGCUGAAAACUUUUCUCAGGAAACAGGGGAAGUUGUCCUCAGUUUUUGUUAGUCAAGGCCGUGCAGUUGCGGAGUUGGAUUUCCACCAUCGUGACUAUGUAAGUAAGGCUGAGAAGUCAUGGAAGUUGAUUGCCAAUUCUCUGCAGUUCAUAUUGGGCUGUAACCUUGAGCUCAGAAUCAAUUAUGUACCUUCGUGUACCUCAGAUUCUAUGUACGCUAAAUUGAAGCGGUCAUCCUUCAAUUUCUUCAGUUGUUCUCGUAGAAUUCGUUGGAAAUCAUUAUUAACUAAUGAACAAGGAAGUGAAUCAGACUAUGCUGAAUACACCUCUCGAAAGCCCAUGAUGAAAGAUCAAACUCUAACUUGUUCCUCCGAUUAUGAACCCCGGGUGCCACCAUUUGAGUCCUGCCAUGGAAUUGGAAUGGAGGUUUUAUCAACUUUGAGAAAUAGUGAAGGGAAUUUGCUAAGCUCAGGGAAAAUGCUUUUGAAUAGGCCAGAUGAAGAGACUCCAAGAACUUAUUGUUCUAGAGUUGAUUCUGGCAAGGGAGAGGGAUGCAAUUAUGAACACCUAGCUUCAUCAACCCUUGAUUUAGAUAAUCAGUCCGACUGUUUUCCUGGAACCCGCUGGCUUCAUAAAAAGUUUGGUUCUUUUUAUGCACCACAACAGAAGGACUUUGUUUUAUCUAUCCCCAAGUUCAAAUGUUCUGAGAUUUGUAGAUAUGAUCUGGAACCCUUUGUCUUUUCCCACCGCCGCCCAAACAACUGCACUCAAGCUACUGAGAAAAAGUGUGAAAGGAGGUGA